GAACGAUCCGUGUGAAUCUUCCCCAGAUCCGCUCCACAUCUCCGAGAUCCCCAGUCGGUCUUAAAGGCACGCCUCUACGCAGAGGCCUCCUGCUGAUAUCUUAUUCAUUCUCAAUUGUUUGCUUGUCAGGAAAAUUGAGGGAUUAGCAUAUAAUCUGCAAGACUACAAUUGUUCUCCUUUGAUUUCUCACACCAACUCGACCCCGCUAACGAACCCAAGCCAUCAUGUCCGCCAACGACACGUACCAAGACCCGCUCAACUCGCGCUACUCUAGCGCUGAGAUGAAGUACCUCUUCAGCCCGCGCAACCGCUUCAGUACCUGGAGGCAGCUCUGGAUCUGGCUGGCCGAGAGCGAGAAAGAGCUAGGUCUCGACAUCAGCGAUGACGCUAUCCAGCAGAUGAAGGCGCACCAGGUUAUUCAGGACGAGGAGUUUGCAGUGGCGGCAGAGGAGGAGAAGAAGAGGAGGCACGAUGUUAUGGCGCAUGUGCAUGCGUUUGGGCUGAAGGCGCCAGCGGCUGCGGGGAUCAUUCAUUGGGGCGCUACGAGUUGCUAUUGCACUGAUAAUGCGGAUCUGAUCUUCCUCCGGGAUGGGCUCGAUAUCUUGCUUCCUAAACUGGCUACCGUCAUUGAGAAGCUGUCUUCUUUUGCGAAGGAGUACAAGAGCCUCCCGUGUCUGGCGUAUACGCAUCUGCAGCCCGCGCAGUUGACAACUGUGGGCAAGCGCUCGUGCUUGUGGAUCCAGGAUCUCUUGAAGGAUUUGAUGAACCUCGAGCGAGCGAGGGACGACCUGAGGUUCAGGGGUGUCAAGGGCACCACUGGCACACAGGCUUCCUUCCUCCAGAUCUUCAAUGGCGAUCAUUCAAAGGUCGAGCAGCUCGACGAACUGGUGACGAAGAAGGCAGGCUUUGGGUCUGCCUACAUCAUCUCCAGCCAGACAUAUUCGCGCAAGAUUGACGCCGACGUCCUCAACGCCUUGAGCUCUUUCGGCGCGACAUGUGAGCACAUCGGCCAAGCGAUCCGUCUCCUUGCAUCCUUCAAAGAAUUGGAAGAGCCUUUCGAAUCGACCCAAAUUGGUUCUUCCGCCAUGGCCUACAAGCGUAACCCCAUGCGCAGUGAGCGGCUUUGCUCCCUUGGUCGCAAACUCCGCAACCUGAAUGCCGACGCCUCGGCAACGUAUGCAGCGCAAUGGAUGGAGCGCACAUUGGACGACAGCGCCAUCCGCCGCAUGUGCCUCCCGCAAUCCUUCCUCUGCGCCGACGCAUCUCUCAUCCUGCUCAACAACAUCGCGUCGGGCAUGGUAGUCUACCCUGCGGUGAUCAAGAAGCGCGUCGACGCCGAGCUGCCCUUCAUGGCCACCGAGAACAUUAUCAUGGCGCUCGUCAAGAAGAGCGUCUCUCGUCAAGAUGCGCACGAGGAGAUCCGGGUGCUGAGCCAUGAGGCUGGCGCGCAGGUCAAGCAGCAUGGGCGGGAUAACGAUUUGAUCGAGAGGAUACGGAGGACUGACUUCUUCAAACCCAUUCUGGGUGAGCUGGAGGAGCUGCUCAAGCCGGAGACUUUCAUUGGGAGGUGCCCGCAGCAGGUGGACGCUUUCUAUGAGAGGGAAGUGAAGGUCGCGCUGAAGAAGUAUGUGGAUGCGGGAACACUGAAAGCGGGCGAGGCUGCGGAGCUGCACGUCUAAAGCAGAGCAAGACGAGACGAGAAAAUGGCCGGAUGUCAGAGAUGUAUCCUAGGCGCACAAUUUCACUUACUCAUAUAUCAAGAGAAAGAAACAUCACAAACGUAGAUGUUUCAUUCGAAAGUGUGCUAGCACGG